CGGAUGCGGAGCGCUUUGUCCGGGAUAUUGUUGAGACGUUUGUUUUUUUUUUUUGUUGUAACCGUAUCGUAUAACAGUUUGCUGUGUCGGUAAAUAUAUGAUAUAGUUCUUCGUCGGUUCAGUGAGAAAUGGAAAUAAAAAAACUAAAACAAAAAGAUUAUCGCCGUUCGAAAAUCAAACGAUAGACAAACAUGGCGCUCCCAAAGACUGUAAUAGUGUAGUGAUAAUGGUACCACCAGCAUGGUGACACUGAUGCCGUGCGGGUUCCUCGGCGGCGCGUCGCGCUGCAGCUUGGACGAGCCUAAGGCAAAGCGUUCUAGACCCGACAACGGAACUGAUAUUCGGUUAUCAGGCGAUGUGAACACAAGCCCGUGCGAAUCUGAAUCGACUUCUGAUUCCCCGCCGUCACUCCUUCAAGAUGCAACGCUACCCGCGCUUCUAGUCUCCGGUACCACGACAUUGUUCCAGAGCACGUCUACCGUUAGUUCAACAUCGAACCUAACCUCCGUGGACGCUCUGGGUUUACCGACUUCGGAAGUGGAGAGUUGUAACCUGGUGAACGGAUGCGCCACGAGCUCGUCACUGGCUGGUCUGGCGCUGCCCCUCACCUCCUCUGGUGGAUUGUGUUCGACGACUCCAUCGUCAGCCGUCGCCUGGUUGAUGAAUGAGGAUAGCACGGCUGGUUAUAUUCCAGGGGGUGGAGUCAAGAGUGAGGUGCGCAGCCCGGGGCUGUGUGAGGCAGACGUGGCGCUGUACGGGGAGACGCUGCCCUACGACCAGAACACGCUGCCGUAUCAGUAUUAUAAUAGUAUGCAGCAGUAUGGCAGUGGUGGGACAGCGUCUUCAUACGUGGGCUCGACGUUGUACAACCAGCCUUACGCGGCCUACCCUCCACCGCACAAUACUAAUAACAGGUCGUCGUGUAAAGCUACGCCCACAUACCUAAGUUACGGUGUGGGUAGCGUAGGGACAGUACCUGGAAAUUUCGCAACCCAACCCUCGCCCUACGCCUAUCCGUCAUACAAUGGCGGACUCACACAGUCGUUUUCUAAUACGCAACAAGAUUACAGUAGUUACACGACGGGCUACGCGGACCAUAGCGUCGCUCAAUAUGGCGGGUACUAUGCUACACCUAGUUACUCACCUUAUGUUAGUUCGCCUAGUAGCAGUGGAAGUGCAGGCCAUACUUCUUAUCACCUUGGAGGCACUUUGUCAGAAUCACCAUCAUCCAUCCUUCCAACACUGAAUGACACUCCACUGUCACCCAUCAAGAAUGAGGUCCAUGCAGCCAGUCGGAGAUGCAGGGAAAAUUCAGGUGAGAGUACAGCCAGUAGAUCUCGUGGUCGCGGUCGUAGGAACACUUCCUCAUCGCCAGCCCAGCAUGUACCCGAGCCAGCCACCGACAGAGUGUUUAUAUGGGACCUCGAUGAGACGAUCAUUAUCUUCCACUCAUUGCUCACCGGGACUUAUGCAACUAAAUAUAAUAAGGACACACAACAGAUAGUUCAAUUAGGUUAUAGGAUGGAGGAGAUGAUAUUCAGUCUUGCCGACACACAUUUCUUCUUCAAUGAUGUUGAGGACUGUGACCAGGAGCACAUAGAUGCGGUGGCAGCUGAUGAUAACGGUCAGGACCUGUCAGCCUAUAACUUCUCGUCGGACGGGUUCCACGCGGGCUCCGCUCCCAGCACCGGGCUCUGUGCCCCCGGCGUCCGGGGCGGCGUGGACUGGAUGAGGAAACUGGCCUUCAGAUACAGGAAGAUUAAGGAUACCUAUAAUAAUUAUAGGAACAGCGUCGGAGGUCUCCUUGGACCAGCCAAGAGAGAGCUGUGGUUACAACUACGGGCUGAACUGGAACAGGCCACUGAUAACUGGCUGACGCUCGCCUGCAAAUGCCUUAAUAUGAUCAACUCCAGGGAGAAUUGUGUGAAUGUACUUGUGACCACGACACAACUGGUGCCCGCCCUGGCCAAGGUCCUGCUGUUCGGACUGGGCGGCGUCUUCCCCAUAGAGAAUAUAUACUCCGCCACCAAGACAGGAAAGGAGACGUGUUUCGAAAAGAUAAAGCAGCGUUUCGGCGAGCGCUGCACGUAUGUGGUGGUGGGCGACGGCCAGGACGAGGAGGCCGCCGCCAAGGCCAAGAACUAUCCCUUCUGGCGGAUCUCGGGCCACUCGGACAUAGCCGCGCUCUACAACGCGCUCGACAUGGGCUUCUUAUGAUUUCAUGUUCCCCUGGUACUUGCCUUUAAUUUCACCUGCUACAUUAGUUGUUUUGAACGACCUAAAAUUUCUAUGACUUCUUGUGAUUUCAUGUACCCCUGGUACAUUCUUUUAUAAAUCUGUUUACAAUAAAUAGGGCAAAAAAAAAAACAAAUAGAAGAAAAGAAACUCUUCAUAUUUUAUGUUCUCCUAGUACAUUUUGUACUGUUUACUUACUUUCUGCAAUUUACUUUUUUUUCCUCAUUUACGAAAUUAUUAUUAUUAGUAUUUUAUAGUUUCUUUAAUUUAUGUCAUCCUAGUACAUUCUAGUACAAAACACUAUAAACAAUUUCAUUAAAACUUUUUCCCGAUUCUUCUCUUAGUUGAUAUAAAAGUUUCCUUACUUUAAAUUUAGAAAUAAACUAGAAAAGUACAAAAAACGUGACUAUAAUAACACAGUUGAUAAAAAAAAAUAUUAAAUUUUUGUUCAUUACUUCUUACCCCCGGGAUCAGUUUUAUUUGAAUUCGGACUUAAAAAUUAAGAUAUUCAUAUCAAUCACGGUCUAGACAGACUAGACUAGUACCUUACUAAGUAGUUUUGAGCCUCGGUUUUUAUGAUAAUUUAAAAGCUCAAACACAGCUCAAAACUUACGAAAAGAAAAAACCACUAGACUCUUUUGUAAAUAUUUUAUCCAAUUGUAGAAAAUAAUUAGAUUUAUUCUAAUUCCAUUCCUACUAUAUAAGUUUUUAUAUAUUCUAUACAAUGUACAGAUAUUAUUAUUUUUUAGUAAAAAAAAAAAAAAUUAGGAGAAAUGUUUAUUCUAUAGUAGUUUUGUCGCGAGUUGAUUUAAUCGAUUUUCGCUUCCAUUACGAGAACUUCAUAUCGUUAUUUUUAUUUUUAUUCAGUCGAAUUUCGGGAAAUUCAUUAAAAUACUUUAGUCUUACGCUAGGGUUGAUACAAAAGUCGCUUUGAUAUUUAGGGCUGCCACAUUAAAUUUCAUAUAAAAAAGUACUGAUUUUUGUUGAACAGCACAAUUAUAUAAAUCUAACGCAUUAUCAUUUUGGAGUUACACUAGAUUGUAUUGUUUAAGUGUAUUUCAUAUUAUAUAGCACUACUGCCAAAUAGUUGACGAGACAGCAAUAUUUUUUACAUUUAUUUUAUGAACACAACAUAUACAUAGUGCUUCUAAAUAUAUUUUUCACUUUUACUAACUGAUUUAUUAUAAAAAAAAAAAUAUUAAGAAUUUCUGUUUUUCGGUCGCACACAUUUUAUUUGAGAUAUUUCAUUUUUUUUUUUUUAAUUUAAAUGUAGCGAUCGUCUGUCAGACGGAAGAAAUGUAGCAAUAUGAGAUAAAACUAAACAAAAAAAAAUAAAAUAAAAUAAAAAUGUAAAUAGUUAAGUUAUGAAGAUAGCUUAUGCUAGUGAUAUGAAAAUUUUAAUUGGAAAGUUGCGAUACAACGUGUUGUAAAUAAAAAUAUAUUAUUUGAUGAUUA